ACACUCAGUUGCUUCGGAUGAAAGUUUUUCUAAACACAAGUGUUUUCUGCAUAGUGAAAUCUGGUUCGAAUUUCAUUGUUUAUACCCCGAUCUGUUGUAAUGAACUGCAAGCAUAAAAAAGAACGACAAUCGGAAUUUAGCGAAAUAUAGCACCUUAGAAAUAAUUUCCAUACGGACAGACGAGGAAUCUGAACAUUUAAUAUUGUUUUCUAGACGUUUCAUAUGAGGGUGGAUUGUGAUUUGUGCUCAAAGUGUGUAUUUCGCCGAAAAUGAUGAAAUUACUGCUAUAUGGUCGGCAAUUACACUUGCUUCUGUACAUAAUAAUUGCUGCCGGAUGUAUCGGAGCUGCAAAACAACGAAAUGAGGAUUGCACCGCUGUUGCAAAAGAUGAAGAAACACUACUGGUAUUCUCUACAUUGGGUGGCGGACUGACUGCCAUCGAUCCGCUGUCGGGCGAAACUCGGUGGUCCAUUGCGGACGAACCUGCUAUUAGAGUGCCGUCGUUGUCACAAAUGAAUCGACACUAUUUGCCGGAUCCAAGAGACGGGAGUUUGUACACGUAUCGCAAUCCCGAGGGAGGAUUGAAAAAAUUACCAUACACCAUUCCCCAACUGGUUGCCAGUGCGCCGUGUCGAUCAAGCGAUGGAAUACUCUACUCGGGAAAGAAAAGUGACGAUUGGUUCUUGAUCGACCCGAAAACCGGACGGCGCGAGAGAGUGCUGGGCUUCGGUGCGCCUUUAGAGCGGGAUAAGGCGGACUCGAUUGGUUGGGCAACCUCGCGGGCAGUUUAUCUUGGCCGAACUCAGUACACUGUCAUGAUGUACGACAGUAUGUCAUCCGAUAGGGACUCGAGGCCUUGGAAUGUUACUUUCUUCGAUUACACAUCACACACGAUGGCGCCAGAAUUGACGAAGGAAUAUGAGUUUCUUCAUCUGACGAGUAGUUCGUCCGGCCUUACGGCAACUUUUGAGCAGAAAAAAGGAACUCCUCUUUGGCAGAAAGAUCUGUCCAGCCCUAUUGUAGCUGUUUUCCUUCUUGGUUCCGAGGGUUUGCUGAGUAUUCCGUUUCAAACAGUGUCGGACGAAGUGCUGCAAGAAAUUAACGAACGUGCCCAGGAUGGAAAUUUUGACAAUUUGAAAUUAUUUCCGGCUGUUUAUGUGGGAGAAGUGUCCAACAAUAUGUACGUGAUCCCUUCGCUGGUGGACAAAAACACUGCGACUCUCCCCUCGGAACCCACUGUUAACCUUCUCGGUGGUCCCAAAUUGAAGGCAACCGGCGAACUUUCCGGUAAAGAAUUAAUUGCGACGGAAACCACCCGCAUUCAGAAUGAUAACAUUAUCAUUCUUGGUCACUACCAGCCUCCCAAAACUGACGACAGUUUAAAGUUGGAUAUUUCGCCUGCAUCCCCGGCCAGAUUUCAUAAGGAUGAUCAGCUUUCGACCGUGCUCUUGGAGUUUAAUGGAAUAUCAAAGAAGGUACAGGAAACAAAAACCAUUGGAGUUCAAACAGAGGACAGUGAGCUGCGACUGAAUGAAACUGUCAUUAGGCGUGACAUCAGUUUGAAGGGACUGAUUGGAAGAAUGGUUUUCGAUGUGAAAACGUGGUUGGAUAGUCAACCGAACAAGCUUCCGACGGUGAUGUUUGUGGCACUGUUCGGAAUUGUUGUGUUUGGUUUUUGGUAUUUCCACAUGCAGAUGAAGGCUUUGCAAGAGCAGAGUCAAAAUGGAUCACAAACAAAUUCAAACAGAAGCAGUGGUGGCACUUACGCUGAGCCAAUCGAUUUUGGUGAUGGGGAAAUACAGGUCGGGAAAAUUGUUUUCAACACCCAGAAUGUGUUGGGGAAAGGAUGUGAGGGGACGUUUGUCUUCAGAGGAUCGUUUGAGAAACGUGAAGUUGCCGUUAAGAGGAUUUUGCCAGGUUGUUUCACACUAGCGGAUCGGGAGGUCGCGCUAUUGAGGGAGAGUGAUGCACAUGAGAAUGUUGUGCGAUAUUUCUGCACCGAACAGGACCGACAGUUUAGGUAUAUUGCUGUGGAGCUAUGCGCAGCCACUCUGCAAGAUUAUGUCGAUGCAAAAUCGGCCGAUACCUUACAGAAACAGAUUUCUGUGCUGGAAGUUCUUUAUCAAGCUACAAAUGGUCUUAUGCAUUUGCACUCAUUGAACAUUGUGCAUCGAGAUAUCAAACCACAGAAUAUUCUUCUAUCAUUGCCGAAUAAUCAAAAGCGUGUUAAAGCCAUGAUAUCAGAUUUUGGUCUUUGUAAGAAACUAAAUUAUGGAAAAGCUAGUUUCUCACGGAGAUCUGGAGUUACCGGUACUGAUGGUUGGAUUGCGCCAGAAAUGCAGCGUGGACAUCGCACUACAACUUCAGUUGAUAUUUUUUCACUCGGUUGUGUGUUCCACUACGUUAUUACUAACGGACAACAUCCGUUUGGUGAUAAUCUAAAACGACAAGCAAACAUUCUGUCCGAUGAAUAUGAUCUUCGAACACUACACAAGGAAGGUGUGCCCAGUAAACUUUCAACCUUAGCAGAGGAGUUAAUUGCGGAUAUGAUUAGCACAGAUCAGUCCGAGCGGCCACCUGCCGCUGCUAUUCGCAAUCAUCCCUUGUUUUGGAGCAACGAACGAAUUUUAUCUUUUCUGCAAGAUGUCAGUGAUCGGGUUGAGAAGUUGGAUAUUCUCGUGGAACCUUUGCGAACGUUAGAGUGCAACGCACGGUUUGUUGUGCGGGAAGACUGGAGCUUACAUCUGGAUCAGGGAAUCACAAAUGACCUGCGCAAAUACCGAGGCUAUCAAGGUUAUAGCGUAAGAGAUUUGCUAAGGGCGUUGAGAAAUAAAAAGCAUCACUAUCAUGAACUGACGCCCGAGGUUCAACGAGUCCUUGGCUCGAUACCUAAUGAUUUCACCCACUAUUGGAUCGAUCGAUUCCCUCGACUUGUUUCGCAUACAUAUCAUUCGCUAGUGGACCAUUCGCAUGAGCCAAUCUUUCGGUCGUAUUAUGACGAGGUUGGCUACCGAUUCACGAAACCUGCUUACUUCAGCGAGAUAGGUAACGAUAAUUUCGAUUUGAUCCGGUACUAUGAGGGGGCACAGAAAAUGAAAGCUAGUCAAAGCCCCAAGCGGAAACCGAUGCAGCAGGAAGCGGACUCGCCACAGAAAAGCACUCGUCGGGGAACAUACAACUUCGGCAGAUACGCUACGAUGAGUACUUCGUUUAUUUCUCGCGAGCAGAUGAUUGGUGGUAAGGCUGGUACGGAGACAGCUGAUGGUAAUAGAAGUCAAGAGGCAGAACCACCAGUAACUUUGGCGGACGGAGUAGAAAACGUCGAUAAAGAUGAUUUUGUGAAGGUAAACUACAAUAAUCACAGAAAAAAGUCGAACGCCAAUAAUGCGAAUGUGCGACGGAGAGAAAAUGCUAAAAUCACGUGGAAUUUACAGGCAGCGCUGUUAGAUGAGUAAGUUUUUGUUGUUGUAAUUCAUGUGUGUAACAUAGUAGAAUCGGUUCGGUCUCUAUUUUUAAGAAGAUUAAUUCCUUUGAAAUCACUAGGUUUUUUUUGUUCGACGAUAAGAUUUUUGUCUUGUAUAUAAUUCUACAGUACAGUUUUAUUAUUUACUUCUUUCUCUAGCGCUUUGGGUGAAUAUGACGUAUUUGGUACGUUAUUCAAAUGGAGACAAUAUUUAACAUGUCCAUGUUUACAUGAUUGAAAAAUGAAUGAUUCAAUAAAUGAAUUCAUAUGUAAAAUUCACUGUUUUCAACUGCCAACAAAAUUGAAUGUUCUCCAAGCAUUUUGUGAGAGUGCAUUUGCACUCAAAGGGUUAGGCUGCUCUACCUCCAGUGCUACAACUCCAGUGAGUUGUACUCUCACCAUGUGUUUAGAAUAUACUUAUCUUGGAAUUUUGGUAGGUUUCUUAUUUUAAAGCCAAAAAACUAUUAUGUUUUACCGUAAGAAUCAUCCCCAAACCAUUAAUUGCCGAUGUAACAAUGUAAUACAUUGAACACUAGAGCUUCAUUGAAUGAAUGCACCUGAAACGCAUUGGUCGCUGCUGCAAAAUAUAAUUGUGUUUUAUACGCAUGUCAUACCCUCUCGGAAGCUGGAAAGACCACCAAGAGAUGUAGGUUCAGAGAAUGAAAACUAGGCACUGAAAAUACACACACACGUGUAAACAAAUAUCUGUGAUAUCUUUGCUAAAUAAUUGAAUUUUGAGAUCGUAGCGUUACAGUUGUAAGUGGGUAAUAUAAUUAUGUUUCGGAAUAGAAGUACAAUUCAAUACAACAAAUACAAUUCAUCCAAUCACAAUAGAUAUGAAGACGAUAUUGUUUGAGUGUAAAAUACAAUACCAUUUUAGUCAUGUAAUAGA